AUGGAAGUCAUUGAACUGGGAGAAGUCGACUUGAACUGUCCUUCCAACUGCCAAAUUCAUAAUACCCAUUUCUUCGGAACCGACAGACAGAUAAUAAGGAGAGGGCAAGCCUUCAGCUUUUAUGCCUCCUUCCAAAAUCGGGAAUGGGAUGACUCGGCGGACCAGGCUGUUUUCAGUGUGGAGACAGGCCUCAGACCCUGUGAAUCAAAUGAGACAAAAUGUAGCUUCCCAAUGGGCAGAUGUCUAGAUCAAACCUGCUGGAGUGCUUCGUACAAAAUUCAUCAGCCAAAAUGCAUCAGUAUCAGCGUGUUUCCACCCUCCAAUGCCUGCAUUGGCCGUUACAUUCUCAAUAUGCAAAUCACAUCUUGUGGUCACACAUAUCAGCGGUGUCUUGGAGAUUUUUAUGUUCUUUUUAACCCUUGGUGUGCAGAUGACCCUGUCUAUAUGGACAAUCAGGCCCAUAGAGAAGAAUAUGUUCUGAAUGAACAUGGGAUACUGUAUGAAGGAGUUCACAAGCAUAUUACCUCUCGACCAUGGCACUUUGGACAGUUUGAAGAUGGGAUUCUGGAUAUCUGCUUGAAGAUCCUAGACAUGGGUGCAAGUUACCAUCAUGGCUCUGAUCGUGACCAUUGUUGGCGCAAUGAUCCUGUGCAUGUCAGCAUGGUUGUAAAUCACAUGAUAAGCAGCCAUACAACUAACAGUAUAAUGAAGAUUCCAGAAAACAACGAUUACCUGAAAGGAACAAAACCAUUUUCCUGGAAUGGAAGCGUCCCUAUUCUUCAGCAGUGGUACAAUGGCAGAUGCAGGCCGGUCAGAUAUGGUUACUGUGGGUCUCUUGCUUCAGUCAUGUGCACAGUGAUGAGGUGUUUGGGAAUUCCAAGCCGUGUUGUCACAAAUUUCUGUUUUCCAUGCUCAACUGAGAAUCCUCUUGGUGUCAAUGAGAUUUUUGACUGUACUGGAAAAAACCUGUGUGGUAAAGACAAGCUAUGGCGAUAUCACUGCUGGAAUGAAUCUUGGAUGGCUCGCAGAGACCUAAACCAAUGCUGUGGUGAUUGGCAGUGUCUGGAUCCGACACCUUUGGAAACAGGCAGAGGUUCAGCUUGCAGCGGUCCUACAUGGGUUCGAAGCAUCAGAGAGGGGGAACUGGACUUGGACUAUGAUGGUCAUCAUAUGUUUUCUCGAGUUAAUUCAAACUAUGUUGGCUGGCUUUCCCAAAACAAUGCCAAGAAAACAAAAUUUUUCUGUGAUGCUUGGCCAUGUGGACAACAUCUAAUCACCAAGAGUGUUGGCAGUGAGCAAUUUGAAGAUAUCACCGGGGCUUACAAGUAUGAACUAGGUUCUGUGAAAAACAAAGAAGCCUAUUACCGGGCUUACAGAAGAAUUCACCCAGGAUACUGCAAUGCUUCCAACUGUCAUAUUGAUAGAGAGUUAUCAUCUCUGAAAAACCCAUUUUUGAGUGACUCUGGUAUUAACAUGAGGUUAAAGAUGGCUAACUGCCCAAUGUAUGGAGAAGAUGUCCAACUGCACUGGCUGCUUGAAAAUUUGCGCAAUGAAAAUAAAAACCUGAAGUUUAAUUUGUGUGCACAAAUAAUAACAUACAGUGGUUGUCCAAUGGAUCAGUUUUGGAAAGACAGUGUGAAUAUCACAUUGGGCCCAAGGGAAGUGAAAAAAAUUCCCCUGUGCAUCUCAUAUAGCCAAUAUGGACCUUACCUCUGUGAUCACAACAUUAUGAAAGUAGUUGCUGUGUCAGACCCAGAGUGUGGAGAAGCUCUGAUGGUGAGCAGGGAUAUCGUGAUCAACAGGCCACCUGUUAUUGUAAAGCUACUGAGCCAGCCCAGGCUGAAAGUACCAUGUACUGCAGAGAUCUCCUUUUGCAAUCCUCUUCAGGAAGAUAUGAAGAACUGUGUCAUGACAUUAGAAGGCUGUGGCUUAUUCAAAGAGCCAAUGACUAUUGACUUAGGAACGCUGGCAGCCAACCAACAGGCACGGACCAUCGUUGAGUUCACACCUUACAGGCUUGGCAGCCACCGGCUCUUGGCCAACUUCGGAUGCCACAAGUUUGCCUAUUGCAAGGGGUGUGCCAAGGCUGAAGUAUGUAGUCCUGUGGGCCAGAAUGGCACCCUGCCUGUCAGCCAGAAUGGGUCACUCCCAGUGUGUGAGAAUGGCUCCCUCCCCAUGGACAACUCUGGGCCUGUCCCUGUGACAGAUCCUGGGUUAAAUUCCAUGUGUGAAUAUAUAUGUAUCCCAGUCUGCAACCCGAACUGCAGUGCAGGAGGCCAGCCUGUGUACGACUUCGUGUACCUCCCUGCAGGCCACCCCUUAUGCAACUCCAUCUGCAACCAAGGCUUCAAUCCAAGCGGCACUGCUGGUUUUGAACUGGGAUGUGAUCCUGGCUUCCGUGUCAUAUGUGAGACCGUGCCUCCUGCUACGUGUGCCGCAAUGCCUCCAUCCAUGUAUGGCUCCAUGCCCGCCCCAACAUCCAACCCUGUGUGCCCCCCUAUGCCUCACGUGGUGUUUGAGACAGGUCCCACUACUGCACACCAGCCUGGAGGUGGAGUGGGGCAGAUGCCCUACUCUGUCUCCGUCCCUGCAAAUAACGCGGUGAGUGCUCUGCUGACCCACUUUAUGGCUGGCUCCAGUCCCACUGCGGCAACUCAAGCAGUCCCUACCCAUAUGACUGCUCUUCCGACCCAGCCCGUCUGCUCUCCAGUAGUCCACACCAUUGGCAGUCCCAUGCCCCCAGCUCCCAUCGCAGUGCCUGCUGCCUCCAUCUCUCACAUAGUCUGUGGCUCCGCACCGUCUCCCACCGCCCAACCCCUGAGUGCCCCAGUAGCCCAUGGCGUGUGCUCCACAGACCCUUGCCCGGCACCAUCCCCAGCUUCCCGCCCCACCACCCGCAGUAACACCCCGGCAGGACUGCAGACGGGGAGCUCCCCAGCAGCCCACGGCCUGUGUUCCCCAGCUCCCCGCCCUGUAGGACCCCCAGCAGCCCACUCACUCUGCUCUCCGUCCCCCCGCCCAGUGGGACCCCCUGCCACCCACUCGCUCUGCUCCCCUGCCACUACCUCUCUGGGAGCCACAGGGGCCCGGCCCUCCAGCUUGCCGCCCGCUUGCCCUGAGGACUCGUCAGCAGCCUGCCCGCCAUGCCCCCCAACCCCACAGCCCUUGUCAGCCACCACAGCCCGCUCCCUCUGUGCCCCUGGCUCUCGCCCGGUCUCCCGGCUUGUGGCCACAGUGGGGUCUCGCUCGGUGUGCGGCUCGCAGUGGGGCCCCUCCUCCGACACCACCGCUCGCUCAGGCUCCCACUCAAUGUGGACACCUGCCUCCCGCUCAGCCUGGAGCCUCGCAGGCCGCUCUGGUUACUCCUCCGUGACCCGCAACGCCUAUGGCACAGUCACACGGCCUCCGUACAGCUCCUUGUCCCGCUCCUCCUACAACGCUUUGUCCCGCUCUUCCUAUACCACCCUACCCCGCUCAACCUCUCCCUCUGCCUAUGCCACCCUGCCCCGCUCUGGGUCGCGCCCUACCAGCAGCACCGUACCCCAGGUUGGGUCCCGCAGGCCCUGGAGCCCCAGCAGGAGCACUUUCAGCUACUUCAAACGCAAAUAUCUGUAAUGGAGAGCAGCGUGGGGAAAAGCCAAAGAUGGCGAUUAAAGCCCACGCACAGAUGCUUUGAAAGAGGUUAGAAAUAGGGUGACAGAGAGCAGUGAGCAGUAUUUAUCUAUGGAUUUGAGAUGUGCCAGAGAGCAGGCAGCUAGCCGACUGCUGAGGGAUGGCUUUGAUGCAAAGCUUGUACGUCUUGAGAUAUGGAACGGCGGGAGUGACAAGUGAACGUGUUCCUCAUGGAGCCACAGUGACAGUACUUGAACAGUGCAAGUAAUCAGACUUACUUGCUCAGUCAACCUGUU